UAAUUUUACGAUAAGUAAUAGGAUGAACAGCUUUGAUUUGUCUAAACGUGGUCAGUCCUUCGGCUCUGUUUGGUCAUUAGAUUUUGAGUUUAUUCCUGGUCAACAUUAACAUCCUGGUCUGAAUACAGUCGUGGACACUGAGUGGACACAAUGACUGACCACACCACCCGAUCUCCGGCUGUACAUCUCCACUACCAUGACAAUUUUCCAGGGGAUAUUCUCUUGCAGGACGUCUAUGUCCCCGACGACGGUGCACAACCCCACACCUACUACGCGUGUCUGGAGUGGAACAACAGCGCGGACGGCCAAGGCUACCUAGGGAUCCAGGACCACGGUAAUGGAGACAGGUCCUACAUCUACUCCAUCUGGGACCCCCACGACACAUCCCUGCCAGUCAGCACUGCAGUCUUCACGGGACUCUGGACCAAGGUGUCCUUCUUCGGAAAUGAAGGGAAGGGGAUUCACAUGGGCAACCAUUCCCUAGGGUGGGCGCCAAACUACUGGUACACCAUGGUCAACAGACUCUGGCAAGAUGGAGGGCACACACGUUUCGGUUUCUGGGUCCACAAUCAAACAUCAAAGGUGUGGACCCAUUUGGUGACCUUCGACUACCCAGUGAAGGACGUGACGUUUCACACGACCACCGACAGCUUCAUGGAAGACUUCCAGGGGAGCGGGAGACCCGACAGGAAGGUUCGGUUCGGCCACGGCUACAAGCGAGGGACGGACAAGACAUGGCACCCGCUGGACACUGCCCAUCUACACGUCAACCAGGGCUUCCGGGUCAAGGACUGGGAACACAACUACAACGCCGGUGUCGACUACGGGUACUACUUCGUUGAGACGGGGGAAAACAUCCAUCCCACAACUGGACUAGGUACUGAAGCAGAUUUCAAGAUCACUCUACCGCCAGCUCCAAUAAAACCCGCUAUAGAGUUUGAGAUCACGGAGGCGAAGUCGCACGGUGUGCAGUGGAAGGUCCCUGAGACGUCCACGCCGCAGUUCCGCUACACCGUGGAUCUGAACGGACAGGAGCUGAUAAACGAGAUUGAACCGGAAGUACGAUCUUUCCCACUCAACGUUGAUCAUCCGGGUCAAGAGGUCAAGGUCACGAUUGAAGAUCUCCUUGGAAACGUUGUUUCUAAAACUGCUCAAAUCAAAGACUGAAAUCUUUUCCCGAACUCUAUUUGGUCCUAAAUAUGACCUCAGCUUGUAUAUGGCUAUUCAGGAAAUGAACUAUGAAGUAAUUGUCACGAGGGGAAAGUUUUGUUUUAAAUCCAAAUGUAAAUGCAUGUCUCUCUAACUUGUUUACUUGUCAGCAAUAACAACAUUUAUUGUAAAACAAGACUCACCGGUCGAAAGAUGAAUAUAGUCAAGGCAACUCUUGAUUGCCUUUGCAAGGAAGGUAGUUAUAAUUAUUCUGAUCAUUUCCCAUUUCGCACCACCCCCAUCCCCAGACCCAACCCAACCCCCCAACC